AUGAUGGCUGCCAGCCAAAACCUUAAAAAAUAUUCAUUAUUCGUUCAAUAUUUUUCCGAUACAAGGGUCCGGGACGCAAAUGUCCGGGACGCAAUUGUCCGGGACGCAAAUGUCCGGGACGCAAAUGUCCGGGACGCAAUUGACCGGGGCGCAAAUGUCCGGGACGCAAAUCACCGGGACGCAAAUGUCUGGGACGCAAUUGACCGGGACGCAAAUGUCUGGGACGCAACUGACCGGGACGCAAAUGUCCGGGACGCAAUUGUCCGGGACGCAAUUGUCCGGGACACAAAUGUCCGGGACGCAAAUGUCCAGGACGCAAAUGUCCGGGACGCAAUUGACCGGGACGCAAAUGUCCGGGACGCAAAUAUCCGGGACGCAAUUGUCCGGGACGCAACUAUGCAAAUUUUAUCUGUCACCACUCGCUCCUUCAUACACCAAAAUACCUCACUCUCUUUCACCCUCUCUCUUUCUACCUCUCUCUCUCUCUCACUUCCUCUCACCCUCUCUCUUUCUACCUCUCUCUUCCUCUCUCUUUCUACAUCUCUCUCUCUUCCUCUCACCCUCUCUCUUUCUACCUCUCUCUCUUCCUCUCACCCUCUCUCUUUCUACCUCUCUAUCUCUCUUCCUCUCAGCCUCUCUCUUUCUACCUCUCUAUCUCUUCCUCUCUCUUUCUACCUUUCUCUCUGUCUUCCUCUCACCCUCUCUCUUUCUACCUCUCUAUCCCUUCCUCUCACCCUCUCUCUUUCUACCUUUCUCUGUGUCUUCCUCUCACCCUCUUUAUAUCUACCUCUCUCUACCUCUCACGCUCUCUUUCUACCUCUCUCUCACCCUCUCUCUUUCUACUUCUCUCUCCCUCUCACCCUCUCUCUUUCUACUAUUUAUAUUGGGGACUUUGUUGUCAGGCUUCCGUCAAAUUUGAUAGACGUUGAAUUGUACACUUUGAUGGAUAUUAUUUUCUAG